UAGGGGGCGCAAGCAACCCAGAACCCCCGCCGACGGGGAACGUGGCGGCCACGCGCUUCACGCGUGCCCAGAAGCCUACAAAUUCCCCCACCCCGGGAAGUCCCGCCCGCUCUCUGAGAUCUGUGCGUGUGAAGAGAGAGAGCGAAGAGGACGCGAGGGAAGAAGCUGGUGAGGGGAUGAGUCCGGUUGCAGAGGAGGAGAUGGAAGAGAACGCCCUCCUCGCCUCUGCCGACGACGACGAGGAGGAGGAGAAGGCGUUCGAGGUGCGAGAGAAGGUGGUCAUCGGCAUCCCGCAAGAAGACGGCGACACGGAUGCCUCCCCGGCGUUCUCCUGGCGGAAGCUCUGGCUGUUCACCGGCCCGGGGUUCCUCAUGAGCAUCGCCUUCCUCGACCCGGGGAACCUCGAGGGCGAUCUCCAGGCGGGGGCGAUUGCCGGGGACUCGUUGCUCUGGCUGUUGCUCUGGGCCACCGUCAUGGGCCUCAUGAUCCAGCUGCUUUCCGCCCGUCUCGGCGUCGCCACCGGCCGGCACCUCGCCGAGCUGUGCAGGGAUGAGUAUCCGGCAGCGGCGAGGGUCUCAUUAUGGCUGAUGGCGGAACUCGCUCUCAUCGGGGCAGAUAUCCAGGAGGUCAUCGGCAGCGCCAUCGCUAUCAAGAUCCUCAGCAAUGGCUUCUUCCCUCUUUGGGCUGGCGUGCUCAUUACCGCCGUCGAUAGCUUUAUAUUUUUAUUUUUGGAGAACUAUGGGGUGAGGAAAUUGGAAGCUGUAUUUGGAGUAUUGAUUGCGACCAUGGCUCUUUCUUUUGCUUGGAUGUUUGCAGACACCCAUCCAGAUGGAAGGCAAUUACUAUUGGGUGUGCUGGUCCCAAGGCUCAGCUCCAAAACUAUAAGGCAAGCUGUCGGGGUUGUAGGUUGCAUAAUUAUGCCACAUAAUGUAUUCCUGCAUUCUGCUCUCGUCCAAUCAAGAAAUAUUGAUAUAAAAAAUAAGUGUCGAGUUCAGGAAGCUCUCAAGUAUUACUCAAUCGAAUCGUCAUUGGCACUGUUUGUCUCGUUUAUAAUAAAUCUGCUGGUCACGACUGUUUUUGCAAAGGGUUUCUAUGGGACAAAGGAAGCCGAAAAUAUUGGUCUUGCAAAUGCUGGACAGUACCUUCAAGAAAAGUAUGGAGGGGGAGUGUUGCCGAUACUUUACAUUUGGGGAAUUGGAUUAUUAGCAGCUGGACAAAGUAGCACAAUUACAGGAACAUAUGCUGGACAGUUUAUCAUGGGUGGUUUCCUCAAUCUCCGCAUGAAGAAAUGGAUGAGAGCUGUAAUUACAAGAAGUUUUGCCAUUGUGCCCACGAUAGUUGUUGCGUUGGUGUUCAACACAUCUGAAUCUGCUCUUGAUGUAUUGAACGAAUGGCUUAAUGUCCUUCAAUCACUGCAGAUACCAUUUGCUCUUAUUCCUCUACUUUUUUUGGUGUCAAAGGAGCAAAUCAUGGGCGUUUUUAAGAUAGGAUCUGUCACGAAAGUCAUCGCAUGGUUUGUGGCCUCACUGGUGAUGGUGAUCAAUGGCUAUCUUGUUUUGGAUUUCUUUUCUAAUGAAGUCAGUGGUCCAUGGAUUGGUGCUCUAUUUUGCACUGGUGUAGCCAUAUAUCUGGGCUUCGUAGCCUAUCUCAUCUCAUUUGGAGCUCGUGCAAGCUGGUCCGAUGUCUCUUUGCUGAAAUCCUUGCCCAUGCUUAGGAGAGAUGAACACCGGUUUGCAAGUUUGAUCACACUUCAUGUUUGAACGGAUCUGAGGAAUUAUAUGAAGGUUGCAGCAUUCCACAGCUAUGCACUUGAGGCUUUCUAGCCUUCAGGAGUUUUGUACCAUGAUGUUGCAAGAUGCAUCAAUGCCCUGGAUCCUUGGCGGUUGGCUGAUCCGCGAUUUCUGUGAUAGGUGAUGUCGCCAUUGUCGUGUUGAUUUAAGGAUUGAUCAGCCAGAGGAUUGUCAAAAGGCUUGAUCAGCCAGAGGAUGGUCGACACCAGGGACAUGAGAUGCUCAUCUUGUCACUUUACCCAUAUUUCAUGUUCUGCGGGAUAAUUCUUUUGGAGACAUUGCAGAAUUCGGAUGACAAAAGUCACAAAACACGUUAUGAUGUACAAUGCGUUUCACGCAUCACCACUACAUGUUACCUAAUAGCAGUAAAUUAAAUCAAAGCUGAUCGUUCCCCGGCUUUCUCUCA